CAAUUUCCGUGAGAUUUUCAGACGCUCCGGCACAUGUGCCUCCACGUCCACCGUUUUUUCGUUGUUUUCGGUAUAUAAUUAAUAAUCAUCGAAGUGGAUUAACAAAGAAAAGUGGUGAGAUGUUGGUGCUGUUCGAGACCCCUGCGGGGUACGCUAUUUUCAAGCUCCUCGACGAGAAUAAAUUGGCAAAAACUGAGAAUCUCUAUCAUGACUUUGAAACACCAGAGGCUGCUAGUAAAUUGCUCAAGCUGAAGCACUUCGAGAAAUUCGCGGACACGACAGAAGCCCUGGCAGCGACGACAGCUGCAGUGGAGGGUAAGCUCUGCAAGUCCCUGAAGAAGAUGCUGAAGAAGCACUGCAGCGAAGUGCAGGAGCAGUUGGCAGUGGCAGAUGCCAAGCUGGGGAAUGCCAUAAAGGACAAAUUGAGUCUCUCCUGCGUGAGUAACACGUCCAUCCAGGAGCUGAUGCGAUGCAUAAGGAGCCAAUUGGACAGCCUCUUGGCAGGUCUUCCUAAAAAAGAGAUGACUGCAAUGGCCCUGGGUCUAGCCCACAGUCUGUCACGUUACAAACUCAAAUUCUCCCCCGACAAGGUCGAUACGAUGAUCAUCCAGGCUGUCUGCCUCCUCGACGACCUCGACAAAGAGCUCAAUAAUUACGUGAUGCGAUGCAGGGAGUGGUAUGGCUGGCACUUUCCUGAGUUGGGAAAGCUCAUCACUGACAACGUCGCCUUCGUCAAGACCGUGAAGAUCAUUGGAACUCGUGAACACACCAUUAAAUCUGAUCUCUCUGAUAUUCUCCCUGAAGAUGUCGAGGAGAAGGUGAAAGAAGCUGCAGAGAUAUCAAUGGGAACAGAAAUCUCAGACGAUGACAUUCUCAACAUUCAACACCUGUGCGACCAAGUGAUAGAGAUAUCCCAGUACAGAUCUCAAUUGUACGACUACCUGAGGACAAGGAUGAUGGCAAUGGCACCAAAUUUGACAGUUCUAGUAGGAGAGCUAGUUGGUGCUCGUUUGAUAUCUCAUGCAGGUUCACUGAUCAAUUUGGCAAAGCAUCCGGCCUCAACUGUUCAGAUUCUGGGUGCUGAGAAGGCGCUGUUCAGGGCACUUAAGACGAAGAGAGAUACCCCGAAGUACGGAUUGAUUUAUCAUGCACAGUUGGUGGGCCAGAGCUCGACAAAGAACAAGGGAAAGAUGUCGAGGAUGUUAGCAGCCAAGGCAUCCCUGGCAACGAGGGUAGAUGCCCUCGGAGAGGAUGCAACCUUUGACCUCGGGGCUGAGCACAAGGCCAAGCUCGAGGCAAGGUUGCGGCUUCUGGAGGAGGGGAACCUCAAGAGAAUCAGUGGCACUGGUAAGGCCAAGGCCAAGUUCGAGAAGUACCAGACGAAGAGUGAAUUCGUUCAGUAUCCAGUGGCUGGAGAUUCCACUAUUGGCAAGAAGAGACCGUUCGAGGAGGAAACCAAGCCCCUCAUCGAGGAGAUCAAGGCAGAGCCCGAGGAGGAAGUACCUAAGAAGAAGAAGAAGAAGAAGAGGCAGAGCGAGGCUGAGCCCGAGGCCGAGGCUGAGGUCGAGGUCGAGGUCAAGCAGGAGCUCGAGGAGCCCUCCACGUCUGCUGAGGAAGGCAAGAAGAAGAAGAAAAAGAAGAAGAAGCAGGAGCUCGAGGAGACGAUCGAGGUAGAACCUGAAGAGAGUCCAGACACCACAGAGCCCAAAAAGAAAAAGAAGAAGAAGAAGAUGCAGGAUGAGGAAGCCUCGGAUGUCACGCAGGAAAUAGAAGCCCCAACUAGUGAAAAGAAGAAGAAAAAGAAAAAAUCACAAUCAAGCGAUUGAAUAGAUUCAUUUAUUUUUCAAUCAUAAUUUUUUAUGAUUUUUUUGUAUUGUACAAUCGAUCAGGUUUGUUUGGAAAUUAUAUUUUAGACCGAUGAAGAUUCCAGUCUACAUAAUAAAUUUUCUAUUAAGUAUA